UGGUUCUUUUCAGACACAGUACAUUCAUAAAAUAUUUGAGUACAUAGUUUCAGAGUAUAUUUUUUGUAAUAAAAAAGCCGAAUGAUCCAAGCAAUAUUGGCUAAUUGAAGGGAAAGUAGAAGAAUCUAAAAAAAAAAUUCUCUUGAGAUGUAAAAAAAUAGAAAUGAUAUCAGAAGACGCUAUAAUUUUGGGGCCCGAAUGGCAUUGUUCGGAAGAAGGAAUAAAACUGCUGUACAAAAACGGUACCACUAAAGACAGAACCACAAUGUUGAACGCAGCCCUAGACACUGACCUCAAAGCUAUAGGAAAGCCGUUUUUGGCCACCGAACUGACGCAAAAGAGGACCUCAAAGUGUGUCCUCCAAGUACAAAAGAUUAGAAAUAUUUCUGCCCCAAAGGCCAACGAAAACUCGCAGGCGGCUCCGCGCAUGCUCAAACUCACAUUAACUGACGGCGAAUCUUACAUCCAAGCCAUCGAGAGUUCACCUAUUAGCGCCAUCAGUCGCGACAAAACCGCUCCCGGCACGAAACUACUGAUCAGCGCUGCCCCGAUCGUUUCAGGGUAUUUGCUGCUAAGUCCCUCGAGUUGCACGGUGCUCGGGGGCCAAGUUCCUCACCUCCAUGAGAAAUGGCUCCUUGCCAAAAGCGUCCAGGAGAGUCAAAAAUAUGGUCGAAAAUCAUCAUUGGAAGGCGCCCCGCCGUGGGUCAAUUUCGGUACAAAGAUGACAGAUGAUACCCAACCGAAACCAUUCAAAUCACUUGAUAAAGAGAAACCUUUAAGCAAAGAAGACUCAGAAUUUGAAUUACAGAGACAGGAGGCGAUAGCAGAGGCCACAUCUUCUUCGUCGCGGAAAACUUUUAGUGGCAGAGCGAAGCAGAAUGUGCAGCCCCAGUUUAAGAAACUAAUGGAGCCGCAUGAGAGGCCGCGGAAGGGAAGGCAAAUGACGCCAAGGGACGAGGCGCAAGAGAAGCCUCAGAAACCCUUGGAAAAAGUGUCGCUGUUUGAUUUUCUCGAAAGCAAGCUGCCCGCAAAUGAGGCGAAACCCCAGUCCCGAGGAAAUCACCAAAAUGUUGGAGAGAAGUUAAGGUUUAACGGUAGUGCCCCACACUAUGUCGAUAACACACGGAAAUCGAACGACUCGGAGCCUAAAGUAGAAACUGGCACGGGGCGCCCCAACAAUAAUCACAGGCAUGCUGGGAAUAGAUCGAGUUUUAAUAAAAACAUGUCUAAUAUGGAAAGUGCCUCCGCGAGGUCCUCGGCGACGCGGGAUAUUGAGAAUAUAGCGAAUAAUGUGGCGAGAAUGUCACUGAGAGGCAAUGGGGAGUUUGCGAAGAGGAGUCUCAGACAGCACUUAAAUUUGCGACCCGAUAAUGAAAACAAUACUCGACCAGGAUCACUCGCGAUAGGCAGUGCGUGCAUGGCACGGUAUUGGGAAGAUGGCAAGUUUUACAACGCUUCUGUAAUUGGCGUAACCGAUGCAACAUACGUAGUAAAAUUCUCGGGUUAUGGUAAUAUAGAAGAAGUGCUCAAAGCGGACUGUUUUUCUCCUACGCCAUCCCGUGGCGUCGUCAAAGAUUAUCAACCUUACGGCAGCGUCGAGUACAGGGGCAGGCCGGCGCACAAAUGAUUUCUAACAAAUAAAUUUUACCUGUUUAAUUUAUUUCUUUAUUAAAAUAAAGUACUAAGAUUUUACUACAAGGGAG